UUUCGAACCGAGAUCUCGAAGCGACAACACCUUCUGGAAAAAUAAAUCAGCUUGAAGCAGAACCCCUAACGACAAAGCAUAAAAAAAUCAUGGAGAACGAGCAGGUUAAGCUAAGUGAGGUGGACCAGAAGGAAAUAGAUCAGGGAUUCGAUCAGCCGGCAUUAAAGACCAUAAUGGAGGAGCAGUCGAAGAACAAGGAGGACUCUACCGAGGUUGAUCCGGACCAGAAAGAACUAGGGGAGCGAGCCGAACUGCAGGCAGAAGGUCACAUGAAGGCUGAGGAUGAGCAGUCUAAUAUAAAGAACGAUGACGAGGUCCAGUUGGUUAAGAAUGACCAGAAGAAAAUAGACCAGGAGGCCAAACAGCCCUCAGAAGAGGCCAUCAAGGAGGAUGAGGUGGAGCAAUUGGAGAAAAAGAAGGCCUCUACCGAGGUUGAGAAGGACCAGAAAGAGAUCGGCCAGCGAGCCGACCUGCAGGCAAACGGUCCCAAGAAGGAUGAGGAGGAGCAGUCGAUUCCAAAGGAAGAUGAGGUCCAGUUGGUUAAGGAUGACCUGAAGAAAAAAGACCAGGAAGCCAAACAGCUCGCAGAAGGCAAAAAGGAGCCGUCGGAGAACAAGAACGAUGAGAAGGCCCAGUCUGAGGAAAAACAGGAUGAGAAGGUCACAGAGGAAUCGUCCGAUAAUUCCAGCCCGGAGCGUGGAGCUCCUCGCAAGCGUUUCGAAGUCAAAAAGUGGAACGCGGUGGCCAUCUGGGCUUGGGACAUCGUAGUAGAUAACUGCGCAAUCUGUAGAAAUAAUAUUAUGGAUCUGUGCAUCGAGUGCCAGGCCAACCAGCCGAGGAUCAACUGCGAUGGCUGCACCGUGGCAUGGGGGGUGUGCAACCAUGCCUUUCAUUUCCACUGCAUAUCGCGGUGGCUGAUGACCCGCCAAGUUUGUCCCUUGGAUAACACCGAAUGGGAGUACCUAAAGUUUGGCCACUAGGUUGGAUCUAUGGAGUUCUCCUCUAGAUGUUGAAGUCCUGGCACAAAACAAACAGUCCUGGGAUCAAGAAACAUAUAAGUAGGAGUAGAUUCUUCAAAUAUUCCUUUGUAUAAAUGAUUUGUAUGAAAUAUUCUAAAUAAAUACAAAUACAUACAUA